CAUUCAUCUCUCUCGCUUUCAAGGGAAGGAUCCAAAUGAAAAAAGUAUUUAAUAAUGCUAUAGUUAUAUUCAUCAAAACAUGUUUACGAACUCAUAUCAAGGUCGCUAGACAGCUACGUCAGAGUAUUUUUUACCAUAAACUAGGUCACACAGCUGUCUAGGUCACACAGCUGUUGUUUACGUCGCAGCUACAUUGACUCCAGACACGUACACAGAGCUAGCGAGGUCACACAGGUGUUGUUUACCCAGCAGCUGCAUUGACUCAAGUCACGUACACGGAGGGUAUAUAACACAGCAUUUCUCUUCAGUUCCUCACACCAUUGAAUGGAAAGCCUUCAGAACCUUAUCGUGGAAAAAAUCAGAGAGAAAUUCAGCAACAUGGCAGAGGAAAAGAAAAUCAAAGAAGAACCAAAAGAAGAAGAAAUGACUGAGAUUGAGCCAGCCAAGAAGUUUGGAUUCUCAGCCUCCGAGGAAAAAGAAGAAAAACCAGCAUUUCUUCUAAAGCCUCCCAGAAAUGAAGGCGGAGAAACUUACUUAGACAUACUGAAAAGAGAAAAGCAGGAAGACAAGGAGUUCUACAAAAUGAUCGUCAUCCAAGAAAAAAGAAGACUGGAUAAGAACCCUCACUUAGUGACAGGAACCUUUGGACCCGGAACGGGCACAAAAUCCCUCUACAGCAAAAUACAAGACCUGCUCAAGGAUUACUAUUACCCAGAAAACGAGUUCAACAGGCUGAAAUUGGACGUCAUUCUAGCAGAAAAAAUAAAGGAAGAGGCUGAAGCAGAACUACAACAGAAAAGAGACGUGGAAAUGGAACUGCAGAUCACCAAAGAAGAACUACAAAAGGUCAUCAAAGAAAAUGAAAAAGCCACUAAGAAAAUUCAUGAUUUGAAAGAAGAAGUCGGAGAGCAAGAAAAAGAAAUUGAAGAGCAAGAAAAAGAAAAUGACGAACAGGAUAAAGAAAUAGACAAACUGGAAGAAGAAGUCGAAAAACUGAAAGAAAAAAUCCACAAACUAGAAAAAGUUCCUCCCCUAUACUUCUCCGAGGAAGAGUACAAAAGACUAAAAACCUUCAAUUGGAUACUAGAAAACGAGCUAGAGAGAGCAGAUAUGAAAAAUACUGCACUGGAAGAAAAACUGACUGAAAAAGAAAACGAACUGCAGGAAUUGAAGGACAAUCUCCAAGAAAACAGAGAAAUAAUGAAACGCAUGGAAUGCGAAAUGGAAACUUGGAUCGACUUCGAUUACGUACAAAAAUCAAAGGAAAUGGAGAAAAAACUGGCUGAAAAAGAAAAAGAACUCCAACAAAAGAAUGACAUGAUAACUCGCAUGGAAGCCGAUUUGUUCACUUGGAUGGACAACGAUGCUAAAAGAAUCCAAGAUAAAGAAAAAGUCCUGGAUAAAAAAAUGACAGAAAAAGAAAAAGAGCUCCAAGAAUACAAACAACAUGUCAAAGAAAUGGAAAAUAUCAACCAGAAAAUGAAAGAAGAAGUACAGAAAGCCACUCCCUUAUACGAUACCUCAGAAGCCGCAACUUUCAUCAGAGAAAUUCAACAGAAAGCUGAUGAACAAAUCCAAAAAGCUAAAGAAAAAUUGGCCCUCAUGGAAGCAGAAGUCGACGCACUCAAGCUAGACAACAAAGAAAACGUCAAAAUAUUCGGAGAAAUACUGGACCAAAUUCUCCCCCACAUCAAGGAUAUGACAGAAACUUUCAACGAAGCCGAAGAAUGGGUGAAAGCAGCAGCCACAGGACAAGAAAGAGAAGCAUGGAGCAUUUAUGUCGAACCCAAAAUCGCCACGGAAGAAAAAUUCAAAAGUCUCAAGGCACUCUUCACCGAACAUUGCAAAAAAUUCUGCUUCGUCAGAAACGGAAGAACCCACAAUAUCAGCGGGGAAAUUCAGCUGAAAAAACCACUCAACAUCAAAGAACUCAACAAACUCCUGGGACCAAACAUCUAUCUGAACGGAGGACCGAAGGAACAAGCCACUGAAAAAUGGUCCAUGGCCGCGAAGUUCAACGAAAAUGAUUAUUUCUCGAUCUUCUUCACGGAUCAAGCCCUCAAAGGCGGAGAAACAUCAUGUGAAAUCAGCAAAUAAACGUGUUCCGAGUGAAAAAAAUUCGUUUCCGAGUGAAAAAAAUUGUUCUUUAUUAACAUUU